AUGUUUACGCGUACUCGAUUUGAGCUAGAGGAGGCAAGUGCCGCUGCGUUUGAGCGUGGACUUCCGGGAAAGGCACGAGUGGGAUCGGUUAUCAGUGCCGCUCAGUCCGAAGUCGGUAAUGGCAAAUAUGAAUCUGUGUAUGCGGUAGUGGGUGUCUGUGUGAGUGUGUCUUCUGUCGAAGUCUCUGCAAUCAAUGCCAUUCGCGACGUAGACCCAUUUUGGUGCCGGGUGGAAGGCCGUUCGCCUGCCGCCACUUGUGGCUGCAAUUCGUCGGCCGCUCGACACACCGGCGAUGGCCUAGAUCCAUUCGCCUAG